AUGAAACCAUCAGUGUUUGUAGAGGUCCGACACUGGUACCAAGCCACCCUUGAAAGCCUCCAAGACUCCUCGAAUUAUAAUAACAACAAUCCUUCAAACUCAUCAAAACUAGUCCAUGUUUACGACACAGUUUUCCAUGGCUUCUCCGCUAAACUGACACCUCGGCAAGCCCAACAGCUUGAGGAGUGGCCGGGGGUCGUUUCCGUUUUUCCCGACCGAGUUUACAACUUACACACGACCCGAACACCUUAUUUCAUGGGCUUAUACGGUGAUACUUACAACACCGUUGCUGGGCCUUUGUUGUAUGAAUCCGAUUAUGGCUCGAACGUCAUCAUCGGAUUCCUGGACGACGGUAUCAAGCCCGACCACCCUAGCUUCAACGACGGUGGCCUCAUACCCCUCAAAGACGACAAGAGAUGGAAAGGCGAGUGCGCGGUAAAUGGGUCUCGGUACUGCAACAAUAAACUCUUUGGCGUUCGGUACAUUACCAAAGGAAUGGACGGAGGUCACGGCACGCACACGGCGUCCACGGCCGCAGGACGUGCCGUCAAGAACGUGUUUUAUUCCGAAGACGCGAGCGGCACGGCCGUCGGAGUCGCGCCCAAGGCACGAAUCGUGUCAUACAGAGUAUGCGAUGUUUACGGCUGCUCGAGUUCCGACAUUCUUGCCGGCUUCGACAUGGCGGUGAAGGAUGGGCCUGACGUGUUGGCACCAGGUGUCAACAUCCUAGCGGCGUGGCCAGAGGGCGUGGAGUUCAAACUUCUGUCGGGCACAUCCAUGGCCUGCGCGCACGUGUCCGGGUUGGCUGCUCUCUUGAAGGGAGUCCACCCCGACUGGUCCCCAGCCAUGAUCCGCUCCGCCAUCAUGACCACUGCUUACACCCGAUCCAACAAUCGCAAGCCGAUAAUCAAUGAUCAUGAUGGGAAAGAGUCGACGACCGCCGAUAUGGGUGCAGGUCACAUUGCACCGGGCAAAGCUUCGGAUCCAGGAUUAGUCUACGAUAUCACCCCACAAGAAUAUUAUGUGUACUUCAUGUGCGCCUCGAAUUAUACCGGUUAUGAAACCAACGGGCCAUUCAAUUGCAGUGAAAUUAGGCCAUGGGAUCUGAAUAAUCCAGCCAUUUCUAUUGAUUGGCACUCAUUAUCACAUAAUAAUGAUAUCACGGUUAACAGGACCGUGACAAAUGUUGGUGAAGUUAAUUCUUGUUACACCGCGACGAUGACCAAUCCAAGAGGGGUGAAUCUGACGGUAAAUCCGAUGAGAAUGGAUUUUACAAGCAAGGGUGAAAAGAAAAGUUACAGCGUGACUAUAACCGCAGCAGAAUUGCUGGGAGAUAAUGUGGAGGGAAAGAUAGUUUGGUCGGACGGGAAGCGCCAGGUGGUGUCGCAUGUUGUGAUUGUCAACACUCGUAAUUAA